CUCACGAGUUCUGCCUUACAGCACCAGCUGAGCGAUGCCCGGAGCAGACCUGUAGCCGCCUUACAUCAUCUCCAACAUGAAGACAGUCACGGUGCCAGUGCUUCUGACCCUGGCUCUUUGCCUCAUUCAAGAUGCUGCCAGUGAAGAUGCAAAUCAGGAAACAUGCAGUGGAUUUCAAGCCUUGAUGAAAAAUGGGAAAUUGUUCUGUCCUCAGGAUAAAAUACUUCUUCAAAGCCCUGAUGGAAAAAUGCUCAUCAACAAAUGUGUCACAUGCAAAAUGAUACUGGAAAAAGAAGCAAAAUCCCAGAAAAGAGCUGAGCGUUUAGCAAAAGUCACUAGAGCCACUGCUUCAUCAGAGCUGAAUUGCAAUGAUUUCAGGAAAGGAGAAAAAGAUGGGGAUUUUAUCUGUACUGCUGAUGAAGCUGCUGUUUGUGGCACGGAUGGGAAAACUUACCGCAACAGAUGUGAGCUGUGUGCUGAGAAUCAGAAGACCAGCUCCCAAGUUGGCAUAAAAAGCAAAGGCAAAUGUGAGAGCAGUAAUCCAGAGCAGGAUUUAUGCAGUGCUUUUCGGGCCUACGUGAAAGAUGGGAGACUUGGAUGCACAAGAGAAAAUGAUCCGGUUCUUGGUCCUGAUGGGCGGACACAUGGCAACAAGUGUGCAAUGUGUGCUGAGCUCUUUUUAAAAGAAGCUGCAGAAAAUGCCAAGCGAGAAGGUGAAAAUAGAAUUCGAAGAAAUGCUGAAAAGGACCUCUGCAAGGAAUUUGAGAACCAAGUGAGGAAUGGGAGACUCUUUUGUACCCGAGAGAGUGACCCUAUCCGUGGCCCUGAUGGCAGGAUGCAUGGCAACAAAUGCUCACUGUGUGCUGAAAUUUUCUUGAGGAACUUUUCAGAAGAAAAAAGUAAAUCAGAUCAAAAUCCAGGGAAGACUGAAGAAGUUAAAGUUAAAAGAGAAAUCGAGAAACAAUGCAGUGAAUAUCAAGAUAAUGCAAAGAAGGGAACACUUGUCUGUACCAGAGAAAGCGACCCUGUCCGUGGUCCAGAUGGAAAAAUGCAUGGCAACCUGUGCUCCAUGUGCCAAGCCUUCUUCCAACAAGAAGCUGAAGAAAAGAAAAAGGCAGAAGCCCAAGCAAGAAACAGAAGAGGAUCUGAAAAAGCACCUUCAUAUGAAGAGCUUUGCAGUGAAUAUCGACAGUUGGUAAGAAAUGGGAAGCUCCCUUGCACCAGAGAGAAUGACCCCAUCCAGGGCCCAGAUGGCAAAAUGCAUGGAAACACCUGCUCCAUGUGUCAGGCCUACUUCCAAGCAGAAGAAGAGGAAAAGAAAAAAAAGGAAAGUAAUUCAAGAAAUAAAAGACAAUCUGCAAACACAACUUCCUUUGAGAAGUUAUGUAGUGACUACCGCAAAUCCUGGAAGAAUGGACAACUUAUUUGCACCAGGGAGAAUGACCCUAUCCAGGGCCCAGAUGGGAAAAUGCAUGGAAACACCUGCUCCAUGUGUGAGGCCUACUUUAAACAAGAAGAAAGAGCAAGAGCAAAAGCUAAAAGGGAAGCAGCAAAGGAAGACUGCAGCGAAUUCCGGGACCAAGUGAAGGAUGGAAUGCUCGUAUGCACCAGGGAGCAUGACCCUGUUCUUGGUCCAGAUGGCAAAAUGCAUGGAAACAAGUGUUCCAUGUGUGCUAGUGUGUUUCGACUUGAAGAAGAAGAGAAGAAAAAUUCUAACGAAGAAGAAAAGGAGAAAGUGGAGGCUGAAAAAGUUAAGAGAGAAGCAGUGGAGGAGCUGUGUCAUGAAUACCGUCAGUAUGUGAAGGACGGGAGGCUCCCCUGCACCAGAGAGAAUGACCCAAUUGAGGGUCUGGAUGGGAAGGUUCACGGCAACACCUGCUCCAUGUGCGAGGCCUUCUUCCUGCAAGAAGCAAAAGAAAAAGAAGUUGCAGCCAGAACAAAAGUUAGAAGAGAAUCUGAAAAGGAUAACUGCAGUGAAUUUCGGGGUCUUUUGCAAAAUGGAAAUCUUUUCUGCACAAGAGAAAAUGAUCCUGUGCGUGGCCCAGAUGGCAAGACCCAUGGCAAUAAGUGUGCCAUGUGCAAGGCAGUCUUUCAGAAGGAAAAUGAAGAGAGAAAAAAGAAAGAAGAGGACAAUCAGAGAAAUUCUGCAGGACAGGGUUCUAAUGGUGAAGGAGGGAAAGCUCAGGACCCAUGUGCUGAGUAUCGAGAACAUAUGAAAAAUGGAAAACUCAGCUGUACUCGGGAGAGUGAUCCUGUACGAGGUGCUGAUGGGAAAUCGUACAACAACAAAUGUGCCAUGUGUAAAGAGCUACUACAAAGAGAAAUUGAAGAAAAAGAUAAGAAUUCUGGUUUUAGAUCAAAUGGGACUGGAUCAGAGUCAGGAAAGGAUGUAUGUGAUGAGUUCAGAAGCCAAAUGAAAAAUGGAAAACUCAUCUGCACUCGAGAGAGUGACCCCGUCCGGGGUCCUGAUGGCAAGACGCAUGGCAACAAAUGUGCCAUGUGUAAGGAGAGGCUGGAAAGGGAAGCAGCUGAAAACAAAAAGAAAGAAGAUGAAGAAAAGAAAAAUACAGGAGAAAAGAGCAAUGACAAGGAGGAUGUGUGUCAUGAAUUCCGGAGCAAGCAGAGAGAUGGAAAACUUGUCUGCACCAGAGAAAAUAACCCUGUUCGAGGCCCAGAUGGCAAGAUGGCAUGUACCAAGUGUGCCAUGUGUCUGAGCAUCUGUAUUGAACGAGAAGCCAGUGAAAGAAAUAAGAAUGAUGAAGAAAAGUUCAUUUCCAAACCUUCAAACAAUGCAAAGGAUGAGUGCAGUGACUUUCGAAAGCAUUUGAGGAAUGGAGAGCUCAUCUACCGAGAGUUCGACCCUGUGCGUGGCGAGGACGGAAAGUUCUACAGGAACAAGUGCCACAAGUGGCAGAGCUGUCUUGUGAGUCAAAAAGAAGCUUUGGAAAGAGCAAAACUUCGAAAAAAGCCAUCCCACAUUAGAGCUUCUGAAGAGGAAAACAACCUAGAUUUGCUCAAUUCUCUGAAUUCCGAGAUGUGCAAACACUACCGAGUGCUGCCAAGGAUGGGUUAUAUUUGCCCACGAUUGCAGCCUGUCUGUGGUGAUGAUGGCCAAACAUACAGCAACCCUUGUAUGCUCUGUCAUGAAAACCUGAUACAUCAGACUAACACACACAUACGCAGUAAAGGGAGGUGUGAGGAAAGCAGCGACCCAGAAACACCUGUGAAGACAGGACAAAUGAUUAAGGAUUGAUGGACUGCAACAAGGGAAAAGGAUUGCCCUAAUUCUGAACCAUCCUACCUUCGUCAUCUGUAUAUACAAAGAAUGCUUCAGAGGUAGUCUUCUUAUUUACUAUGGAAACAAUACAGAGCUGUUGGGAUUGGACUCACUGAUUUUCAGUCUUUUCCAUCUCUUUCCUCUAGACACUGUGGUCUUAGAGCACACAGAAAUUCCCACUCAUUCCAGUGCUCUGAAAAUGCCCAGAUUCACAAUGGUGUCUGUCCAACUGCCUGUUUAAUAAAAGUAGACUCAGCAGAA